UUGCUUUGCAAUUUCUCCAAGAUGAUCGUGGUCGAGCCUGACCCCAAGGCCGCGGCUACGACAGUAGAUACACCUACUCGGAAUCCCUCACCACCACCACCAUAUGUUGGCAGGUCGACAGUUCCUUCCGAAGGAGAACUUCCCAGCGCUUUUCGACCACCCUCACCAUCCUCGUUCCCCCAUGCCCAUCCCCACACCAACACCGCGUCUUCUGGUCCAACACCACUUAUUGGAGCAGGUCCUGAUGGAAGCUACGCGUACUAUGACCCACGGUCGGCCUACUCGCUUGCACAAGCCGACAGACGGGCUCAGGAGAGAUUUUGGAGUGCUUUUGGAUGCGCCAUCGCAAUCCUAAUAUUUCUUUGGACUAUUGGGCUCCUUAGGUUUGGUAAUUAA